GUGGCACACAGGAAGCAACACGGAUGUCAUUUUAUGCCGCGCAAGCCCCGCUUCCGGCCUCUUUUCCCUUAGCCGCCGGACGAAAAUGACGAAGGGAACUUCAUCUUUCGGUAAGCGCCGGAACAAGACGCACACCUUGUGCCGUCGUUGUGGGUCCAAGGCCUACCACCUGCAGAAGUCCUCCUGUGGCAAGUGUGGCUACCCUGAGAAGCGCAAGAGAAAGUACAACUGGAGCGCUAAGGCCAAGAGGAGGAACACCACUGGCACUGGCCGUCUGAGACACCUGAAGGUCGUCUACCGCAGAUUCAGAAAUGGUUUCCGGGAAGGCACCACCCCCAAACCCAGACGUGCUGCAGUGGCCGCCUCCAGCUCAUCUUAAAGACACAUUUCUGGAUCAAUAAAUGUGAUGUCAAACAGGA